GAAUGCCCUGAUCCUGGAAUUCCAUUAAACGCUCGUCGUUUUGGAGACAACUUUCAGUUGGGAAGUUCUGUAUCAGUUGUCUGUGAAGAAGGCUUCAUCAAAACUCAGGGCACUGAAACCAUUACUUGCAUGCUAAUAGAGGGGAAAAUUAUGUGGAGUGGUCCAAUUCCAAAAUGUGAAGCUCCCUGUGGUGGUCACUUUUCAUCUCCCAGUGGAGUCAUUCUUUCUCCGGGAUGGCCUGGAUAUUAUAAAGACUCAUUGAACUGUGAAUGGGUGAUUGAAGCAGAACCUGGACGCUCCAUUAAAAUCACAUUUGAAAGAUUUCAAACAGAACUUAAUUAUGAUGUUCUGGAAGUACACGAUGGGCCAAAUUUAUUAUCACCACUUUUGGGUUCAUAUAAUGGCACACAAGUCCCACAAUUCUUAUUCAGCAGCAUAAACUACCUCUACUGCUCUUUACAACAGACAACA